AUGGAAGAUAUCGAUUUUAUCGAUUCUGAUCCUGAAAUAGAGGAUAGUCAAGUAUUAGCAGAAAUUCAAAUGUUUGAAGAUUUAGAUGAAGAAAAUGAUCUUCCAAAUUUGAAAGAAAUGAUAAUAAAAGACAAUAGAAUAAAGCAGAGAUUAGAAUCAGAGAGAGAAAGAUUACGAAAAGAUUUAGCAUUAUGAAGAAGAGAUUCAAUCAAUUGCGAAUUUCCUGAUAAUAAACUGAUGAAAAUAAAGAAAAUUUUAGAUGACAGAGCUAUCAAAUUGAAAAAUAAAGAAAAAAAUUUCCUGAAAGUCGAAAAUGACAUUUUAAGACAAAUUUGCCAGGAAAGAAAUAGGGAUCAACUUUCAUACAUUUAUUCUCCUCAGCCUGCUGUAAAGAUAGCAGCUCCAGGCCCACAGAUAAAUUGGAAAAAAAUAAGAAACCCAUACGUUAAAAGUAUGAUUCCUCUAUUUCCUAUAGCAAACAACUUACUCCCCCCUCCAUGAGAGAACAAAAAUAUUUCGUUCGCUCACGGAGGGGGUUUAAUUUUUUUUUUAAAAAAUUCAUAUAUAAUUUUUUAUAGAAUUUUUUUUGUUUGAAAUUUAAAACAAUCCCAUUUCUCAAAAAUUGGAAAGCAAAUAUUAAUUUAAUUUGUAAAAUUUAUGUUUUAAAACGCAAUUUUUAAAAAAUAAACAGAAUUAGCAAGAGAUUUCGUUAUACUAAUUACACUUAUAGACCAAAAAUUUUUGUACGCGGUGGUUUUUGGCAAAAAAUAAGGAUUUAUCUAAUGAUUUUGUUGGGGGAGUUAGAAAAAUACGAAAGUUUGAGAUACAGAAACUGGCUCUCAAAGCUCUCAAAAGACACUUAUUUUACCUUUAAGUAG